CAAAAUUGACGAUUUACCGUCAGAAUGCCGUCCAAUCAAAGACUGUGCUGUUUGGUACGAUCAGAUUCUAACUAUUCCGGGAACAGCGUGUAAACUAUCAGAUGGAAAUCCAGGAGCUUGCUGUCCAGAUCUUCCUACAAAUAGUUACGGGCCGCCUCUGCGAACAAAAUUCGGUAGAAUUGGUAAAAAAUAUGGUUUCAAUUACAACAUUAACACGUCAUCGAUGAACCAAGCAGCCGAGGCGAGUCGAUUACAAAUGUUCAAUGGGCGAGAUUGAAAAACGACUCACUCAAAAUAACAUUCUAGUUUUACCUGGUUCGUCUCGUGCUAUUCACGCACUUGUUUUUGCAACAACUGCAGAAUCAGCAAAUCAACAAAAAAUCAGCCGAGAGGCAAUCAUCGGAGCUUAUACAGCCAGUGAAAUUGUCAAAAGAUUUAAUAUUAAACCUGAGAAUGUGACGCUGGCAUUGAACCAAUUUAAUUUGAAGGACACGAUUUUAUCUAAGAUGUGCCCCACGGAUUCCGUUUGUAAUCAAACAACAAUCGACUCUCGUUACCGAACGCUGGAUGGGUCGUGCAAUAAUAUCCAGCAUUCAUCCUGGGGCAGGUCGCUCACACCAUUCCAGCGUCUUGCUCCCUCUGGUUAUGCUGAUGGUGUCCGUGUGCCUCGACGUGCCAAAAGUGGUCGUGAACUUCCCAGUGCACGUUUGAUUUCUACCACCGUCACUCGCGACGUGGACGCCCCCAGCAAGACGGACACGACAUGGGUUAUGCAAUAUGGUCAAUUCCUUGAUCACGACUUUACGAGAACUCUUGAGUUCAGAAUGGCUAAUUCAAGUACAAUCCCAUGUUGCAUGCCAAACGGAGGAUUCAUUGACAAGAAUCUCGUCCACCCCGAGUGUUUUCCCAUUGAAAUCCCUCGAAACGAUACUUUUUUCUCCAGGUUUGGACAGCGUUGCAUGCCCUUGGUCCGUUCAGCUCCAGGACGGAGACCCGAUUGCAGCUUAGGUUGUGCCGAGCAGAUGAACCAGUUGACCCACUAUUUGGAUCAAUCGAAUGUCUACGGAUCUGAUGAUAAAUUAGCCAACGAACUGCGUACGUUUCAAGAAGGCAGAUUAAAAGUGACUCGCCGAAGUGAUUUGGAUUUACUCCCAGCCGAUGACGAGUCCAAAAUGUCCUGUGCGUUAUCCAAACAGGUUUCGGGAAUUGAUCCACCUAGCGACGUCAAAUGCUUCAAAACAGGUGACUCACUUCGUGUUAACGAACAUCCCAAUUUAGCUGUCACGCACAUCGUCUUUUUACGGGAACACAAUCGUCUAGCUGAAGAACUCGCCCGUCUCAAUUCGCACUGGGAUGAUGAGCGACUUUAUCAGGAAGCCAAGCGGAUAUUGACUGCGCAAAUGCAGCACAUUACCUAUAACGAAUGGGUUCCUAUUAUUAUCGGAAGGAAGAAAAUGCAACAGCUCGGUUUAUUGCCAUUACAGCGAGGCUUUAGCCAAGAUUACGAUUCCAAUUUGAAUCCCACAAUUUUUAACGAAUUUGCUGGAGCUGCUUUCCGAUUCGGUCACACUCUAAUUCAAGGAAGGCACCAUUUAACGAACGCAAGGGGAACAAAGGAAAAAGACAUUUUAUUACGUCAACAUUUUUUCAAAACGCAAGAAAUUUACACGCCCGGAAAUCUCGACAAGUUUCUUAUCGGAUUGGCUACCCAACCCGGUCAAAAACCUGAACAUUACUUCACCGAAGAGCUUACUAAUCAUUUAUUUGAAGAGGAAGGCAAGGGCUUCGGUUUAGAUUUGGUUUCGUUAAACAUUCAACGCGGUCGCGAUCAUGGUAUACCUGGUUACAAUGCAUAUCGAUCCAUGUGUGAACUAAGCGCUGCGAAUAAUUUUAACGAUCUUCGUGAUCUGAUUUCCUCCUCGAUCAUUGCUCGUUUCGAAAGCUUGUACGAGUCAGUGGAUGAUAUUGAUCUGUUUAUCGGAAGCAUUUCUGAACGAUUAGUUAAGGGAGCUGUGGUAGGUCCCACGUUUCAGUGUCUGAUUGGUGAACAGUUUUUAAGGCUAAAACGAGGCGAUCGCUACUUCUACGAUCUUGCUGGCCAGUCUGGUUCAUUUACUGAAAAACAAUUAAAUGAGAUCCGGCGAACUAGCUUUGCUCGUCUCGUCUGCGACAACAGCAAUGUCCGCUCUAUUCAGCCAUUAAUCUUCAAAUCCAAGACUGCCGUAAAUCCUAUCGUGGAUUGCGAAUCAUCUUCAAUACCGCGGGUCAAUCUCCGUCCUUGGCAAAAAGUUUAAAAGAACAUCCUAAACUGCAAAACGGAAAUAACGCAAUUCCUUUCGGGUGUUGCCUUUUUUAGUAUUCAUUUAAGACAAGCCACAAAUUUUGAAAAAUAUUUAGGAGUAUUCGCAGGGUAAACGUCUCUUUACAGUGGCCUGCCAUAAAGGCUGCGGCUUUCCACUCCUACAUUAAAUUAGAAACCGGAUGCCAUUUCGUGUUCGAUCACCGUCGCCUUCCGAUUUCUCUUCCCUCUAUGCUCUAUGCCAUCCCUCAUAAACCGUCCUCCAUGACGUCCGUACCCAUUCCUAUGUUUCUUAAAAGUAUACACAGCUCAAACGAA